ACACACUAGUCCCACCGUCCACUCCCACCCAGAGCUGCUCUCCCCAACACCCCUCGCCCACCCCCGUCCUCGUCCCUCUGACCCAGAGGACUCCGGCAGGCCGUUUUCGGUCGGGGGAAGGGAACCGACGGGCCCUUUGGUGUUUUGCUUUUAAUUUAUUUUCUGUUAUUCUUUUUGGAAAUUACCUACCGGGUUUUUUUUCCUUUCUUUUUUUUUUUUAAUUCCGCUCUUCGCUUCGGUUAGAGAAUCAAUUCUCGGACCUCCAGACCAGGAAGGCCAGGCGGGAGCCCAGCCCGGCGGCCGAGGACAAAAGGCGCCCCCGGACCCCCUGUGCUCAACCCUCGACCCCCUCCUCUUUUAUUUUUGGACCCCCCCCACCACGAUGACCAAAGCGGAGAUGGGCAGGUUUAACAUCUCCCCCGAUGAAGACAGUAGCAGCUACAGCUCCAACAGCAACGAAUUCCCCUACACCUACCCCACCAAGCAAGCUGCCUUGAAAAGCCAUUAUGCAGAUGUCGAUCCAGAAAAUCAAAACUUUUUACUUGAAUCAAAUGCGGGGAAGAAGAAGUAUGAAACCGAAUACCAUCCAGGUACUACUUCCUUUGGAAUGUCAGUAUUUAAUCUGAGCAAUGCUAUCGUGGGUAGUGGAAUCCUUGGGCUUUCUUAUGCCAUGGCUAAUACUGGAAUUGCUCUUUUUGUAAUUCUCUUGGCAUUUGUGUCAAUAUUCUCCUUAUAUUCUGUUCAUCUCCUUUUGAAGACAGCUAAUGAAGGAGGUUCUUUAUUGUAUGAGCAAUUAGGUCAAAAAGCAUUUGGUAUGGCAGGAAAACUUGCAGCCUCCGGAUCAAUUACGAUGCAGAAUAUUGGAGCUAUGUCAAGCUACCUCUUCAUAGUGAAAUAUGAGUUACCAUUGGUGAUCCAGGCACUAAUGAGCAUUGAAGAAAAUAAAGGGGAGUGGUAUCUGAAUGGUGACUACUUGGUUCUGCUGGUGUCAUUAUUACUCAUUCUUCCUUUGUCACUGCUGAGAAAUUUAGGUUACCUGGGAUAUACAAGUGGCUUUUCCUUAUUGUGCAUGGUCUUCUUUCUGAUUGUCGUGAUCUGCAAGAAAUUUCAAAUCUCUUGCCCCUUUGAAACUGAAAUGGUGAAUGAGACGGUGAAUAACACUUUUAUGCACCUGGCAGAAAGUCAGACAUCUGCACUGGAAGUUAAUGUGACUGAGGAAGAUACAUGCAAGCCACAUUACUUUAUCUUCAACUCUCAGACUGUCUAUGCUGUUCCAAUCCUGACGUUUUCAUUUGUCUGCCAUCCUGCCAUUCUCCCCAUUUAUGAAGAAUUGAAAGGGCGCAGCCGGAGAAGAAUGAUGAACGUAUCCAAGAUUUCGUUCUUUGCCAUGUUUCUCAUGUACCUGUUGGCUGCUCUCUUUGGAUACUUGACAUUUUAUGGAAAUGUUGAGCCAGAAUUGCUUCACACUUACUCUGCGGUUAUGGGUGCUGAUAUUCUUCUCCUCAUUGUCCGUUUGGCUGUGUUGAUGGCUGUCACACUUACAGUACCUGUAGUUAUUUUCCCAAUCCGCAGUUCCAUCAUUCAAUUGUUGUGUGCAGCAAAAGAUUUCAGUUGGUGGCGUCAUAUUCUUAUUACCGUAUCGAUUUUAUCAUUUACCAACGUGCUCGUGAUCUUUGUCCCAACUAUUAGGGAUAUCUUUGGGUUCAUUGGUGCUUCUGCUGCUGCCAUGUUGAUUUUUAUUCUUCCUUCAGCCUUCUACAUCAAACUAGUGAAGAAAGAGCCCAUGAAAUCUGUGCAAAAAAUUGGGGCUCUAUUCUUCUUGCUAAGUGGCAUAUUUGUGAUGACUGGAAGCAUGACCCUGAUUAUUCUAGAUUGGAUCCACAAUGCUUCUGUAGAUGGCCAUUAACUGGAACGACUAAAACUUGAAUCCUUAACUUCAGACUCCAGUGUUCAGUCAACAAUCUACUGAAAAUGAAAUUUCACCUAUGUUUGCAGUUUCACUUCCUUUUGAAAUGCAGAUUCUUUGCUGGUUCUUCUGUGUGUAGAAUAAGUGGACUCUUGGGAAAUUAUUCUGCAUGAUAGAAAUGGAAUUUAACAACCAACCACCUGAGUCUCUGGCUAAGGGAAGUGACAAUUUUAUUCCAUUCCAGAGAAUGGACAAAACUCUCUUAACUUUUAUCGAGCCACAUGUCUGGCUUUUGUCAUUAAUUGUUACUUGGAUAUUUUAUGAUUUUACUUGAAUGUGCCUAAGGGAACCAUUCGAUGUGAGAAAUAAUCCUUAAUUUACAGCAAAGUAUUGAAAUAACCAAUGAGAGAACACUAUUAUUUUUUGUACCAAAAAUACUUAUAGACCUCAAAAGCACUAUUUUAAUUUUAAGAAAUUGCUUUUUUGAACUUUAUCCAGAUAGGGUUGUCAGUAGAACCAGUAAAAAUGUUUCAUUGGUGUUUAAAACUUGCCUUUUUAAUAGGCAUGAUAAGCCAAAAACUUUUUUUACCCAAAAGUAAUCAUUUUUAAAAGGAAAAUUAUAUCCAUUCAACUGAUGUGAGGAAAAUAUCAACUAGAAACAUAGAUUUGUUUUUGUUUUUGUUCCAUUCAAUUCUCCAUUACUUAAAAGUGUAAUUUACAAAUAUUUGCUAUUGGCAUCCCAGGUCAGAUGAUUUAACUCUCAGUUGCCAUGUUUUUUUGUCUGCCCCUGAAUAACAUGGCUGACGAAUUCUGAACUUUUAAAAAAGAAAUUUAUUGUAUCAGCAUGGAAGAAGACGAAACAAAUAUAUCUGUGAUAAAUACAUUAAGAGCUAAUAGAGCUUUGAGGUACCAAGUAGUGCACAGUUUGUUCAGUUGCAUCUAUCUCCAGAGACAGUGACAACUACAGUUAGAUUUUGGUCAGCAAUUCAUUUUUGAAAUGGCUACCGACAGCAGAGAAAACCCGGGGACCUGUUUUCCCACUCGGCAGGACUCAGAUGACCCGGUAUUUCUGAAAAUACACGCUCACUACUACAAGCGUGAAAUACUUGAUGAUGUUUCAUUUGAAUCCUCGUUGUAUCUACACUAGAGGCCUAGUCCGCAGGUUACGCCGACAUCUGUAUUAUAAUACAAGUUCUCUUUGUACGAGGAACUGGGAUUCUCAUGCAGUCAAUAUUUUACAAUAACUCGUAUGCACUGGAUUGUCAUCUCAAACUUGUUUGCUUUAUAACUUUUUUGUUUACAACCAGAGGAACUAGUGGUACAUGAGAAUAAUUAGAUGUUUUGGUUCUCCUGCAUGUUCCUUGGGCCAUUUCUAUCCCAGUUGGAAGACAAAAAGCUACUUUUAAACUUGGCUUUUAAGAGCACAUUUAUGGUAUGUGGUGAAUAUAUUAUCAAACCAUGUGGUACUCAGCAUAUAUUUAACCACCUAAUUUAUGUAACUCCAAUAGUUGUUGAAGAAAGCAAAUAAUGGGAUCAUCCAGUUCCUCAGCUGGUGCUCAUGGUUUCUCUUAAAACUGGCACUGCAUUCAGUUCUAGGAAAUGGUCAAAGUGUGGCAAACGUGGUAUAUAUUACCCAGUAUUCUUUCUAAUAUGCAUAAAGAUCAUAGUCAUUGGGUUUGGGUGGGGGGGAAACUCCUUUUAUGUAAUUUUGCAGAAGAACAAAACUUAAGUACUAGGUUUAAUGGACCAAUGUCCUACUACUUUCAUGUGCAGUUGGGCCUCAUUAAAAUGAUCAGGAACAAUUUGGGGUAUAACGAGAAAAUGGAUUCCACCUUACUGCUGUUUUGGGGCUGGGCCAUCUGGUCCCCCGGGGGCUCUUUGACUCUUGAGCCCACCUGUAGUUCUAGCCAAGAAUCACACUCCUUGUUGUUUGGCAAAAUAGUGCUGUGUGUCACCCCAGAAACAUGCAGGGAAAUGCCGUGUGAAGGCAUUUUCCAUCCUCCCGGCUUGCUGUCCCUUCAGGGAGCAAGAGCUACCCAUUGCCUGUGAGUCACAGUAAACAAAGCUGGGAAGGAUGGGAAACUUCCCAUUGCACCCUUUGGGUGGUAGAAGUUUAAUGCCACUUGGGUCAGGCUAGCCCGGUGCAUGAUUGAUUCUCCAGAAGCCCGACUGCGUUGAGAUUCCUAAAUCAUGAAUCUCCUUUAAUGAGCGGUCUUCAGUAUUAAACCACUGUUUUGUCACCUCAUUUUGCAUUACCGUUGUCCAUGGAUUUGUUUUUCCCGGUCAUAACUAAUAUGUUAUUUAUAGAACACCAUUAAUCCAUUAAAGCUAACCUAUUUUUCGAUAUUUAUGAUAAUCUGUACAUAAAUUGUCCGUAUAUAUGUGUAAAUAAGGUGUACAUAACUGGCUCUUGGACAUAAGUGUACAUAUUUCUGUUUAUUACAGCAUUUUGUUGAUUUCAUGUUGUGCAUCUGUGUAAGAAUUGUUAAGUUCCUGUAAAGAAAAAUUAAGACUAGAAAUGUGUUAUCAAGUUGUGUAAGAGCACAUUGGAAUUCCAGUUAAAUAUUUAUUAAAACUGUUUUUGCAAUAAAAAACUUCUAAGAUUUCCAUCCCCCCCCCCCAAAAUAAUGAAAAUGUGGUUACUAACAGGUUUUAUUUUUCAAAAUGUAGUGGUUAUCAAAUGUGAUAUAUUGACAAGGCCUUCAUACACAGGUGUUCUAAGUCUCUGUAUAUUUUGUAUAUACAUAUACCCACUGUACUGUUAGAGGCCAACAAUUCGAGAUGACUUGUUGGCAAAGAGUGUUACACCGUUUCAAUGAAACAUUGUAUGUUUGUUUUAACUAAACUAAAAUAAAUACAAGCUUAAUCCUUAAA